AGGACCAGCUGGUGAGGAUGGCCCAUAUGGGAUGUGGCAAGCAGAUACCCUGGCUCCCCAUCCUGGUGGUGACCCUGCUGUGCUCAGCCAGGGCUGAGUACUCCAACUGCGGCGAGAAUGAAUACUACAACCAGACUACCGGGCUGUGCCACGAGUGUCCCCAGUGUGGGCCAGGGGAGGAGCCCUACCUGUCCUGUGGCUAUGGCACCAAAGAUGAAGACUACGGCUGUGUGCCCUGCCCCGCGGAAAAGUUCUCCAAAGGUGGCUACCAGAUAUGCCGGCGGCACAAAGACUGUGAGGGCUUCUUCCGGGCCACCGUGCUGACUCCAGGAGACAUGGAGAACGAUGCUGAGUGUGGGCCCUGCCUGCCUGGCUACUACAUGCUAGAGAACAGGCCGAGGAACAUCUAUGGCAUGGUCUGCUACUCCUGCCUCCUGGCACCCCCCAACACCAAAGAGUGUGUGGGCGCCACAUCUGGAGUCUCAGCCAAUUUACCUGGCACGUCUGGCAGCAGCACCCUUCCCCCCUCCCUGCACGCACACAAAGAGCUCUCGGGCCAAGGUCACCUGGCCACAGCCUUGAUCAUCGCCAUGUCUACCAUCUUCAUCAUGGCUAUCGCCAUUGUCCUCAUCAUCAUGUUCUAUAUCAUGAAGACAAAGCCCUCAGCCCCAGGUAAGUGCUCCCUAUGCUCCCCUCCUCUCCCUGGAGGCAGCUGGCUCAGCAGACACUCACUCCCCCUCUCUCUGCACACAGCCUGCUGUGCCAGCCACCCGGUGAAGAGCGUGGAGGCCCCAGCCACCAAGGAGGAGGAGAAGAAAGAGGCCCAAGAUGGCGUGGUGAUCUUCUCAGAGAAAGAGGAAUUCGAGAAGCUGACCCCGGCACCGGCGAUGACUGCCAAGAGUGAGAACGAUGCCUCGUCAGAAAACGAGCAGCUGCUAAGCCGCAGCAUGGAUAGCGACGAGGAACCAGCCCCUGACAAGCAGGGCUCCCCAGAGCUGUGUCUGCUGUCACUGGUGCACCUGGCCCGGGAGAAGCCGGCCACCACCACCAAGUCAGCCGGGAUUCAGAGCCGGAGGAAAAAGAUACUGGAUGUAUAUGCCAAUGUGUGUGGAGUGGUGGAAGGCCUCAGCCCCACCGAGCUGCCCUUCGACUGCCUGGAGAAGACCAGCCGCAUGCUCAGCGCCACCUACAACUCGGAGAAGGCGGUGGUGAAGACAUGGCGCCACCUGGCGGAGAGCUUUGGGCUGAAGCGGGACGAGAUAGGGGGCAUGACGGACGGGCUGCAGCUGUUCGACCGCAUAAGCACUGCGGGUUACAGCAUCCCGGAGCUGCUCACCAAGCUGGUGCAGAUUGAGCGCCUGGACGCUGUGGAGUCCCUUUGCGCAGACAUCCUGGACUGGGCUGGGGGUGCGCCCGCCACCCCUACUGCAUCCUGAGGGUGCCCCAGGGUCAGGAAGCUGACUGAAGGGGGUGCAGCUGGCAAGAGGGUCAGCUGAGGACUUCCUUGCCGGAAGUGGCCUGGAAAAAUGUAGGGGGCUGCAAGGAGCACGAGGCAGCCGGGCCUGUCUCCCCAUCACCACUGAGCAGGUGACAAGUGGCAGGUGUCCCCCCUGCAGCUUACAGGGCAGAGGCAACACUCACCUAGUCCGUCCCACAGCUCCUGGGUGGAUCUUGUUGGGUGAGCACAGAAGGAGCAGUGUGGGGGUGACAGUGACCCAGAGACUGGUCUCUGACCUCAUGGAGUUUACAACCCAGCAAGGAACCGAAGAUGAGUAUACAACCACCCAACAGUCUGAAUGAGGAGAUGGGUCUGAGAGAAUGUGAGCCAAGUUCUUGCACUGGUGUACUGUGGGAUAUCUCCCCACACCCCAUGGAGAGAGCAGUGUGGAGGCAGGUA